UGUUGCCAUGCACCAGACACCGCUCCGUGUAACACUGAGCGUGACUGACAGGUCCCUGCUUUUGUGGGACUUUGGUUCUGGUGGAAUUUAUCACUAAACUAACAGAUGGUGAUAAAUGCUGUAAAUAAUGAACGAAGGCAAAGUGAGAAGUAAUUGCUGGUAGCACUGGGGCCAUUUUUAACGGGGUGGUCAGAGGCAGCUUCACUGAGAAGAAUUUUAGGAAAGGACAAUGGAUCAACCUAGUGGAAGGAGUUUUAUGCAAGUAUUAUGUGAAAAAUAUAGUCCUGAAAACUUCCCUUACCGCCGUGGUCCUGGGAUGGGAGUCCAUGUCCCAGCCACACCUCAGGGCUCUCCUAUGAAAGAUCGCCUCAACCUCCCGAGUGUACUGGUGUUGAACAGCUGUGGAAUAACCUGUGCAGGAGACGAAAAAGAAAUCGCUGCCUUCUGUGCUCACGUGUCGGAACUAGAUCUUUCUGACAACAAACUGGAAGACUGGCACGAGGUCAGUAAAAUUGUGUCAAAUGUUCCCCAGUUGGAGUUUCUAAACCUGAGUUCCAACCCUCUGAAUUUAUCGGUUUUAGAAAGAACGUGUGCUGGGUCCUUCUCUGGGGUUCGAAAACUUGUCCUCAACAACAGCAAAGCUUCUUGGGAGACAGUCCACACGAUACUGCAGGAGUUACCAGAUUUGGAAGAGCUCUUCCUGUGCCUUAAUGACUAUGAAACAGUGUCUUGUCCUUCUAUUUGCUGUCCUUCUCUUAAGCUACUACAUAUAACAGACAAUAACCUCCAAGACUGGACUGAAAUACGCAAGCUAGGGGUUAUGUUUCCUUCGCUGGACACCCUUGUCCUGGCUAACAAUCAUCUGAAUGCUAUCGAGGAGCCUGAUGAUUCAUUGGCCAGGUUGUUUCCUAAUCUGCGAUCCAUCAGCCUCCACAAGUCAGGUUUGCAGUCCUGGGAAGACAUUGACAAACUAAACUCAUUCCCUAAACUUGAAGAAGUGCGGUUGUUAGGAAUUCCUCUUCUGCAGCCAUACACCACCGAGGAGCGAAGGAAGUUGGUAGUAGCCAGAUUGCCAUCAGUUUCCAAACUUAAUGGCAGUGUUGUUACCGAUGGCGAGCGCGAAGAUUCUGAGAGAUUUUUUAUCCGUUACUAUGUGGAUGUUCCGCAGGAAGACGUGCCGUUCAGGUAUCAUGAACUGAUCACAAAAUACGGGAAGUUGGAGCCUUUGGCAGAAGUGGACCUAAGACCCCAGAGCAGCGCGAAAGUCCAGGUCCACUUUAACGACCAGGUGGAAGAGAUGAGCAUUCGUCUGGACCAAACAGUGGCAGAACUAAAGAAACAACUGAAAACUCUAGUGCAGUUACCCCCUAGCAACAUGCUUCUCUACUAUUUCGACCACGAAGCGCCCUUCGGCCCAGAGGAGAUGAAGUACAGCUCUCGGGCCUUGCAUUCUUUCGGCAUUAGGGAUGGGGACAAAAUUUUUGUGGAAUCCAAAACAAAAUAACCUCGCCAGCCUUGUGAGAACACACACAGUAGGACUUCCUGCAGGGCAUUUGUUUCCUUGAGGUUUUCUUCAGGAGGGAGAAGGUUGUUUUGUUUUGUUUCAUUUUGUUUGGGUUUCGGGGGGUUUUGUACAUGUCCCCCUAGAAUGGGUAGGGGGCUGUUUUGGUAUUUUGUACCACAGAUUUUUUCGGCUCUGCCACCAGAACUGGUCACAUCUCCAGUCCCUGUGCCCUCCCUCGUGAAAGAUGACUAAGCAGUCGCCGACUUCUUACUGUGUUCCCUGGGCUCUGCCUGCCGCUUGGUGUCACGCCCGCACAGGUGUCCUUGUGAUGGCGGUGUGAGCGGUGUAUCCCCUGAGAAGGGUGGCUUGCACUUAAAUCAGGAAACAAGGAGUCUUUUCAGGAAGGAGCACUUCUCUCUCCCAAUUCCUCCUUUCCCCCCUCCCUCCCUCUCCUUUGCUUCUUUGGUUCAGUUUUUCACAUUUUGACUCGGGUCCAUACAUGUUUACCUAGUAAUUUUAUUCUGUCCAUAAUUAACUUCUUAUUCUCAAGUUGGGUAAUUUUUUUCUCCAUUUCUCCCUUUUGAAAUCAUUUAAAGUGUUUUAAACAUUUGUCAACCUGAUUCUGAUCUCAGGUACUUAGUUAGAACCUAUAGCUCUGUUAGGGUCUGGAAGAAGAGUAGAUGAAGUGUUACAACUCCAGGAAAACUUGCUGUUCAUUCUGGAAGCACAACACAGCAGUCUGAGCUCUUUGCAUGUAACCAUCUCAGUUUUAAUGUUCCUCCCACAAUGUAUCAACCAUUACUGACAGGAAAUACGUCAGAUUCCAGAAUUCUUUGAUUUUUGCAUUUUGAAUGUAUUUCUUCAUUAUCUGUCUAUCUUUUUCAUUACUUUAAACUGUGGGGAAUGGAGGCCUGACUUUAAGAAGAAUCCAAUAGUUUAAUGGAUGUAUGUGCCAGGAGAGCUAAGACUCAGCUAAUAAACUCUCUAGUGUGUGUGAGGGAGUUGAGUAGGGGGGCCUGUGGGAGAAAGAGUAUUGUGGCUUCCUGCCUGCCAUCAUUUGAAGACUUUGCUCUUGCACUUUGCAUUAGAAGUGGGAAAUUUUGAUCCAAGGGAGCUUUGAUCCCCGGUUCUUCCCUGGGAUUUUGCGAUGUCAUAAUUGAACAAUUAUUUUUGUUUUACGUUUCAGUUAGUUGCCCCCACAGCUCUGACUAAUCUGGGAAGUAAAACAUAAGUGUCAGAACCUCAGAUCUGCCUCCAAAUCAUAUUUUUUGCAGAAGCAUAUUUAAAGCACUUUCCUUUAAAAGAUAGUCCUUACCUGCUCGGAAAAUUUUUUGUUUGUUCUUCUGGACAUUUGUUAAUGUAACCUCUCUCUUUAAUAUAUGUCUUUCUGGGUCCACUAUGUUUACAGACGGGAGACUUGAGAAAGACUUAGUGCAACUGGGGCAGAAAAUGUGCACAUGAAGUAUUUUUCAAAGAAUGUAAUUGUUACCUGAUUGUGUUGGGACCUUUUGACCUCUGUUACGUGAUUCCAUCCCUCCUAGAAAUUCUUUACUUUCUCAUGAAAUGUUUAGAUGACUCUUGUACACUCUUCACGUAUGCGGAGUUGUGUUCAUUACUGCUACUGUUUAAAUUGUCCUGUGCCGGGAGAGCAGACGUCUAUUCUCUUAGUGGCGCUUCAGGUGUGGAUCCGUAAAGCCUGUGACCCAGGCCUGCCGAGUCAAGUGUACAUUCUGUAACACUGGAGGUGGAAACCAAAGGGUUUGAGGAAGAUGAAUGAGGCCUGUUCUCCUUCUGCUGCAGACUUUAUCUCUCAAAAGCAUGAAAAUGAGCAGUGGAGAGCCAGGCUAGACAGAGACAAGAAUAAUUAUUUUGCAAUCACAUUUUCCUGGCGGAUUUUUGGAAGCGGGGGGAAGUGUGGCCACAGUGUCACGAAGACUAAAACUGUGGGUGCUUUGUGUGCGUGCGCGUGCAGACGAGUGUGAGAGAGAAGCAGUGCAGCUGAGCCCGUUGCUUUGUCAGCCUGGGAAGCAGAUGCGCUCUUAUUUUUUGAGGUCGUAUGAUCGCUGACUGUCCCACAGCAGAAAGCAGAGCAAACACUUAUGUUAUGCUGUAAUCAUCCGUGGAAUGGUCACAAGUAAUAAGAUAUUUUAUAUAUGACAAAGUUUUAUGAAAUGCUUUUUUACUAUUAGGGACCUGUCCCUUCUGUUAUUACAGAACACAGUGUCCAUCAACUGCAGGCAUAAUUCUUCUCUUACACAAUUGCAUGUCAGGGGAACUUCUCAUUUAAUUCCAUGGACGUGGGUGUUUUUAGGGCCUUGUAAUGGAUGGUUUUAAUAACUGCUGAAUAAUUUUUGAUUGAGAGGAGAUCUAAUGCAAUUACCAGUCUCUUAGAGUUACAGAGCAGGAGUAAAUGAGAAAAGCUAUUAGAGCAUGUGUACAUGUAAAUUUAUUUGGGCGGCUGAGUAAAGAUGCUGCUUUUGGAAUAAAAUCGGUGCUGUGCAGACACUUGUAACCAAAAUUAUUUUUAUAAGCAGGCCAAAAAGAAGGAGAGGAGAGACCAUGGACUUUUGAGUCUAUAAGUUAUGCAUAAUUAAUUGUAGCUUAUCUGUAUUUUAAUAUCAGCUUCAUCCAGAUUCAGUGAAAGCAUCUUAUUUACAUUUGUGAGGCAAGAUUCUGUCGUAGCCAGUAUUACAGAUAUGUUUCUACAGGCACAGUGACCAGAACGUAUCUCUUCUAAAAUAGAAAUUCUUUUCGGUUACGGAAAGGGAAAGGAGUUGUAAAAGAAAGCCAAGUCAGAACCAAGGCAUCCUUUGCACGUGGGCAGCAGCCGCUGAAGCCACAGUGGGAAACUAAGGUUUGAAUUUGAGUUGUUGAAAUCUCCCAGAUUGCUUUAAAGAGGAAAAAAAAAGUUCAGAGUCAUAUGUCUUUUUUUUAUUAUUGAAAGUUUCUCUUGUUCCUGCACCCUCUUGCCACCAUGGCCAUAAAUACGUAAGAAGGCAGCAGGUAUGGUACUACCCUUGCUCCUUUAAGACCUUUUGGUGAACAUGAGCUGUGUUUAACACAGCUGAAUGUUAUGAUGCUCUGUUUUAAAAGUUUGUUUACUUGAAAAAAAAAAGUUCAGUUCUAACCAGACGUUUCAGCUAUGUCGCUAAAUCUGCAGUGUUAGGAAGAGGGAACUGAGCACCAUCUGAGGCACGCUGGUGACAGUUUUCCCAAGUGCAUGUGUCAGGGUGGCUUGCUACACGGCAGGUGCUAGGCUCCAGGGCAAACAGAGCAGGAUACGGAAUAAUAGAUUGUUCUCAGCAAGGUCAUUCCUGUUUUUGAAUUUGAUUUUUCCCCUCAUUUCAUGUUGGAUUGAAAAUGCAACCAAACUGCUUUCAAGAACACCCAGAAGCUAUCUGUGUUACCAGAUGUGUUGUGAACACUCUAUUUUUCAUAGGUGCUUCCUUCAAAUAUGUCCACUGUAGUGAUGGAGAGGGACUGGACUCUCUCAGGCUCUUAACUUGCCAGUUGUCUCCUGCAGUUAAUGGAAAUAUAUAUUUUAUUUUAGAAUAUAAUUUAAACAUGAAGGUCUAUUCUUUGCACUUUUUAUUAAUAUAUAUAGAGAGAUAAUCUUUAAAAAA